UUUGAUAUUAAAUGGAGAGAGUGGGGGCAGCAGGCAGCCAUAUUGGCUACUGGUGCUACUACUGGACUUUUGAGAGAAAGUAAAAAAAUAACCACACUUUUUUCAUAAUCUACAUUAAAGAAAAAAAUGUUGCGCUGUAGGAUUUUCCAUUGACCUUGUAAAGUUUGUUUAAUCUGCGUGAAUACAAAAGUGGUGUAACGUGUGAAUCUCUAGAAGAGUACACCCCUUUUUAAACACAAAAAAAUGAGUUUCUUUGGAUUCGGUCAGUCUGCUGACAUAGACAUUACUUUGGAUGGUGCAGAGACCAGAAAGACAGCAGAUAUCAAAUCUGAGGAUGGCAAGAAAGAACAUCAUUUGCUUUAUUAUGAUGGGGAAGCAAUAUCUGGAAAGAUUACCAUUAGUUUAAGAAAAGCUGGUAAGCUGGAACAUCAAGGUGUUAAAGUGGAAUUCAUUGGGCAGAUUGAAUUAUACUAUGACAGAGGUAAUCAUCAUGAGUUUAUUAAUCUGGUAAAGGAGUUAACCAGGCCUGGUGAAUUGACUCAUAAUACUGUAUAUACGUUUGAAUUUGCGAAUGUUGAGAAGCCUUAUGAAAGUUAUACUGGUUCUAAUGUGCGGCUUAGAUACUUUCUCAAAGUGACAAUUGUUCGAAGACUUAGUGACAUUGUUAAAGAACUCGAACUAGUUGUACAUACGCUUAGUUCCUAUCCUGAUAUGAACAAUCCUAUUAAAAUGGAAGUCGGAAUAGAAGAAUGCCUGCAUAUUGAAUUUGAAUACAACAAAAGCAAAUAUCACUUAAAAGAUGUUAUCGUGGGUAAAAUAUACUUUCUAUUGGUCAGAAUUAAAAUUAAGCAUAUGGAAAUCGCUAUUAUUAAACGGGAAACAACUGGUUCUGGGCCACAUACAUUUACAGAAAAUGAAACGAUAGCUAAAUAUGAAAUUAUGGAUGGUGCUCCAGUACGCGGAGAAUCUAUACCCAUUAGAGUAUUUCUAGCAGGGUAUGAUUUAGCUCCUACAAUGCGUGAUAUUAAUAAAAAAUUCAGCGUUAGAUACUUUCUCAAUUUAGUUCUAAUGGAUGAGGAAGAUCGUAGAUAUUUUAAACAGCAAGAAAUCACUUUAUGGCGUAAAGGUGAAAGAAGUAGAAAAUCUCAAACAGCGUCUCCACAUAUGCCAUCACAUUUAGUGUCAGCAGAAACAGGAUUUCCACAAGGUGCCGCACAAAAUGGACCUCCAUCGGUGAUAACAACCACUGAUCAAUUAUCAACUAAUAUUAAAAAUAUAGAGGAAACUCCAGCUCCUAUGGAAGGUAUGACACGUGAGGAAGGAGAUGGAGAAGGAGAGAAGGAAGCAAAUCCAGAAAAUAAUUAAAUUGUGGAAAUAAUUCAGUUAUAACUGAAAUUAAGAAGUAGUGGACUAUAUGAGAAAAAGUCAAGUACAUCUAAAAACAGUGCAAAUGGAUAAAUACUUUCUAAAAGAAUUUUUCCUUGCUCUGGAGUAGGGAAAGUUUUAGUAAACGAAAAUGACGAAACUGCGAAUAAAGUUGUAAAUAUUUUUAAUACAUAUAUAUGUAUAUAUAUAUAUAUAUUAAUAUGUAUUAAUAUAAAUAUAUAUAUAUAUAUACACAUAUAUAAAAUUAAGAAUGUAAAUGAAGUAAGUGCAGACUAUUGAUUAAAAGUUGAAAACUAUUGAAAUAUAUAAUAUACUAGUCCUGUCUGUUUGGCAGGAUCAACAUAAAAAUUUUAUUGGAAAAGAAAAAAGGAUGGUAAAGAAAAAGCCGAACAGUGAAAAAUUAAACUGGGAAAUAGAAAUGUUAAUAAAUGGACAAUAUAAUAAUCAAAUAUUAAGUGGUCAACAUUAUUGAAGGGCAUCUGAAUAUUACAGUGUUCUAUUUUAUACAAACCUUCUAUAUUAUACAAAUUGCAUCCUUGAGCUAUAUAUUAUUCCUUGAAUCUGAAUAAUCAUUAUUGUAUAAAAAAAUUUUGUAAAUCUGAGAACUAUGUUCACACUAGCGCAAUAUGGUACUCGAUUCAUUGGGCCUCUCAUCAAUAUAUUACGUACCUAUACAGGGUAUUUUGAAAAUUGGUGCCUAUAAAUAGUCUCAGAAUGUUAUCAAAUUUAUUAUUAAUAACUAUCGUAUUUAAAUUAAGAUAAAUUUAAUUGUUAUUAUCUAUUUAUGUUUCUUUUUUAAUAACAUUCUUAAUACAGAUAAUUAUACAAGUAAUAAAAAUUCAAUGUUACUAAUUUAUUUAUGCAGAGGAAUCUUAAGUUCAUAAUAAUUCAUUAUUAAUGUCCAGGUCUAACUCGAUUCUACAGUAGCUACUUGCAAUAGAAUAUACUAAUCUUCAGAAUGCUCUGUAUGAUACAUCUGAUAAUAAUUCUAUAAUCACGUAUAAAAUACAUAAAUUUCUUAUGAAUGAACAAUUGAGGUAAAAAUCCAAAUUGGUUACAGUAACUCAUUACUACGAUCAUUGUAACGUUAAUUGUUAAUUAUUGUAUUUGGAACUUUAAAAUCAUGUUUCAUCUUCUUACUAUAGCAUACAUGACACUAUUUUUAGUUUUAAUUUUGCCAUAACUUAACAUAAUAGUUAUAAAAAGCAGCAUUUAUUUGGCCACCCUGAAUUGUAUCCAUUUAUUAAAUUUUGGGCAUAUUUACGCAAUUUUUGUAUGUCUUCUUAGAUGAGGAAAAAAUUGAGUUAUAAGUAUAAAUAAAAUAGAUGGUUUUGCCUUGUGUGUUUUUGCACAUAUUUGGAAUAUCGAAUCAUGCAGUGGGGAAACUUUAUUUUAUAAUUUAGUCUUCAAAAAUGAAAAUUAGGAAAAAUAUUGUUUGAUCUUUUGUAAAAAUUAAUAUUAUUUGUAAAUUAUUUGGAUUCUGAAUCCAUAAUAUGAGAGUUACCACGGUUUUAUAAAAUGUUAUGCAUGAAACGAUGUGUUUGUGCAUAUAUAAAUAAUUUUUAAUUGUAAAAUUAGUAAUAUCAAAUAUUUGUGAUUAGUAAAAAAAAAAUAUGAAAAAGAAAUGGGAAAGAAUUCUAUUACAACUGUAUAAUAAAAGUUGAUCUACAUUGUGUAAUGAAAUAACAUAUACAACUCGUGGCAUUAUAUAUUUUACUUUUGUUUUCUCUUAUUAUAAAUAUUAAUUUUAUAUAAGUUUCUAUAUAUUAUAUAGCAAACAUAAAAAAGACAUAAAAAAAAAAAAAAGAAACUAUUUAAUCUUUGUUAUUUAGAUUUUUCAAGGAUUUAGUCAUUUAGAUAUGUCCAAUAGUGCUUAUUUAUAUAUAUUAAAUAUGUUAUUUGUUGAAAAUAAGUGUAUAGUUAAUAACAGCCCACGAGAUUAUUUUAAUUAAGUACAAUAUUUUCAAAUAUAUUAUAUAUAUGUUUCAUUUAUGUUAUUGUAAAUAUGAUCUAAUUAUAAAAGGAUAUCCCAAUCUUGAAAGGGAUAUUCCAGUUGGUCUGGUCAAAAAAUCGAUUUUUUUUGUGCAUAUUCUUAUAAUUUGGGGUCUGUCUUAAAACAGGGUCCUGAAAAUUUCAAAAUAAAAUUCGUUACAGUAAUCAAGAUACGAAAAUUUAGCGGACACACAAUCCCAUAGAAGUUAUAACUGCAUGAGAAACUUUAAACACGUUCUUUUUUUUUUUUCAAACAUUUUUCAAAUCGUGCAUGCGUGCGUGCAUUUUUUCAGAAACUACUUGAUCGGUUGACUUGCAAUUUUGCAGAUAUGUAUAGAAUACGUGUCAAGCCAUCGUUUGACGGUGAAAAUAUGUUUAUAAAAAUCGGAGUACUUCUUUUCAAGCGCCGCUAAAUUAUCCAUUUUUUUCUUUAUUUUUUUAAUUUUUCCUCGUUCAACGACAAAAAUUCGUUUGUUUAAGAUUCUAAAGACGGCUGCAAUCAGUUAAAAAAAGAUAAACAUUUUUCGCUACAUGAUGUGCGUAAUAUUCUGUAAAAUGUAUAAUUUUCAAUAAAAAUGCUUUUGACAAAA